CGGAAGCGGGCCUCUUGUCGCACGCGGGAAGGACGAGGGAACGAGAAGCGAUGCCCGCGCAGCCCGAGCUCCGCGUCAACGAGGCGUUUGCCGCGCGCUACGGGAAGUACCGCCGCCGGGAGGAGCUCCAGCGCCUGCAGGACCGGUAUGGCGGGGAGCCCGAGGAGACCACCUCCGAGUCGGAAUCCAGCGAGGACGACCAGGAAGUUGAUCCCACAAUUGAUCGUGCUUUUUAUAGCACCUUGGCCUUAUUGAAAACCAAGGAUCCAAGGAUUUAUCAAAAGGAUGUCACAUUCUACAGCAAAGAAGACUCUGACUCAGAGAGUGACAAUGGCAAUCCACCCAAAAAGAAAAAAGAAAAGCCUAUGUUCCUCAAUGACUAUGAGAGGAAGGUGAUCUUGGAGAAGGCUGGCAAAUAUGAAGAUGAAGAGGAGGAGGAGGAGGAGGAGAAGGAGGAAGCAGCAAUUAAAAAUCCAAAGAGCUAUGUGGAAGAACAGAAGCAGCUGAAGCAGAGCUUCCAGAGGUUUGUUGCAGACAGCGAUGAAGAAGAAGAAGAAAAUGACAACUUGUCAUCUUUACUACGCAAACGAGCCAAAAGUAAGGAAGAGAAGGAGCACGAGGAGGCUGACUACAUCCGCUGGCUGAAGGGCCAGGCGAAUUCAGGUGCAGAAGAGGCCCUUCAAGACCUGGCACCUCUUAAAGAAUAUUGGAAUGACCCCAAACUGGAUGAGGGGGAGCGGUUCCUGAGGGAUUACAUCCUAAACAAGCGCUAUAAGGAAGCAGGGGAUGGAGAAGAAGAGGAAGAGGAGGAGGAGGAUGGGCUACCUGAGAAACAGCUGGCUGUGUCAGACUCCUCAGAUGAAGGUGAACUGUUCCUAAAAAAGCAAGAGGAUUUUGAGCGCAAGUACAACUUCCGCUUUGAGGAACCUGAGGCACAAGUGGUGCAGACAUAUCCUCGCAUAAUUGCAACUUCAGUUCGACGUAAGGAUGAGCGUCGCAAAGAGAAGCGUCAGGAAAUCCGUGAGCGUAAGAAGAAAGAGAGGGAACAAAAGCAGGAGGAGCUGAAACAACUGAAGAACCUGAAACGGCGGGAGAUCGUAGAACGACUGGAGAAGCUGCAGGAAAUCACCGGCAGUGAGGCUGGCACCUUUCAAGAGGGAGACCUCGAUGGUGAUUUUGACCCUGCCCAACAUGAUUGGCUCAUGGAGAAAUUCUUUGGCGAUGAGUACUAUGGAGUUGGUGAGGAGGAGAAACCACAAUUUGAGGCAGAGGAAGGAAUUGAUGAUGAAUGGAAUUGGGACAAGUGGACAGGCGAGGAUGGUGCCGAGGCAGAAGCUGACAUGUGUUUUCAGGGGGAAGACGAGAACGAGCCGCACUGUGAGGAUCCUGACUUUAUUAUGGAUGCAGACUAUGACCCCUCCCAACAACCUGGCCCAUCAAAAAGGAAGCGGAAGCUGGACAUCCCGCUUCUGGGCAAGAAGAAGCGCAAGUCACAUUUUGCACAGGCGAUUGGUCAGAAAAAAGAACCCUUUGACCCUGAGACAAAGACAUUUGAACAGUACCUGGACGAGUUCUACGGCCUGGACUAUGAGGAUCUGAUUGGGGACCUGCCCUGUCGUUUCAAAUAUCGGACUGUAGUCCCAUGCAGCUAUGGACUGACAACUGAGGAGAUUUUGGCAGCUGAUGACAAAGAAUUAAACCGCUGGUGUUCACUGAGGAAGACUUGCAUGUUCAGGUCAGAAAACGAGGAACUGCGGGACAAGACCAUAUAUGAGAAGAAGGGCCAAGAUGCAUGGAAGAAGAAACAAAUUCUUAAAUCCCUUCAAGCAGAGCCGGAGGAAGCGGAAGAUGUAAAGAAAACUCAGAGCAAGAAAGGGAAGAAGAGCAGGGAGAAGGCCAAGCAUUGCGAGCUGCCUGCUCAAAAGAUGCAACUGGGCAGCCCUGGUUGCGAGGAAGAAGGACUCUUACUCCCAAAGCGAGCUGCCCAAAGCGAAGCAACACCAGCAAUAUGUAAGGAGUCAGAGGCCACUCCUUCAGGCAGCCCUUGUUUUGCCCACCCCAGCGUUCAGAGACCAAAGAAGAAGAGAGGACGGAAGGGGCUGGUGCUGGGCACCAAAGUGCGGGUGGGGGGUGCAGAAUUCAGCCGCCAGCGACUCCAAGCCUAUGGGCUCAACCCUAAGCGUUUGCACUACCGCCAGCUGCUCCGUGAGAAGCGGCGGAAGAAGCCAUUGGGGGGCCCUGGAAAGUAACCGAGAAAAACCCUUUCAGCCUGUUGUGGAUUUGGAGAACUUCUCCAUUUACAUGGACAAGGAUACUUUGACACAAGUAGUCUUUCUUGAGUCCCAGAGGCAUCGAGGAUGUUUGUUGACGGCUACAUAUGGCGGACUCUUAGUGGCCCUUCAGCUGAAUUCCUAUGUCCCUUAGUCUGAGCCCUUUGUGUCUUGUUUUUAGAGUCAUCCAAAUACAUUCUUCUUUUUCAAA